AUGUCGUUCUCUGUUAGAACUGCAUUACGGCCUGCGACGGCCGCGCCUUUCCGGUGCCUGGUGGCUGCAUCUCGGGCACGAUGCGCCUUCAGCACUUCUUCCCUCCAGAGAAGCGACAAUGCCGGUUCGACCGCUGGUGAGCUCGGCGUCGGCGAGCUGCAGGGCGCAACGUUCAGGAUUGAGCCUCUGAGGAGAGUCGGCGAGGACGAUGCGACGAAGCGGGCAAGACUUCUCUAUCAAUCCCGAAAGCGUGGCACCCUCGAAUCAGACCUCCUGCUGUCGACUUUCGCAGCACAGCAUCUGCCCACUAUGACGACCGCAGAGCUGGACCAGUACGACCUCUUCCUGGACGAGAACGACUGGGACAUUUACUACUGGGCGACGCAGCGGGAGCCCAACUCGAGCACGAACCCUUCCGAGUUUGCUGCGCGGCGGGAGGACGAGGCGCUGCCCAAGGAUCCGCCCAAGGGCGAGUGGGCGCAGACGGUGGGCAACUUUAAGCCUGCGUACAGGCCGGUGCCGCAGAGGUGGAGGGAUAGCGAGAUCCUGGAGAGGUUGAGGGAGCAUGUGAGGAGGAGGAGUGUUGGGGGCGAGGGGACGGGGAUGGGGUUCAUGCCGCCUUUGGAGGGGUGA